GUACCGACCUUCGCUACUCACGGGCCACCGCCUCCCCUCUCAACUCUCAACUUCCCGAUUCUCUAGCUCCAGAAAGAAACCCUAGAUUAUCUCUUCCUCUACACCUCGCUGCCCCGAAUCAGCUUUUACGAAAUGGCCAAUUCAGCAUCAGGGAUGGCGGUGAAUGAUGACUGCAAGUUGAAGUUCCUUGAAUUGAAGGCAAAGAGAACCCAUCGUUUCAUAAUUUACAAGAUUGAUGAGAAACUUAAGCAGAUUAUCGUCGAAAAGCUUGGUGAACCUACUUUGAAUUACGAUGAUUUCAUCACCCAUCUCCCUGCAAAUGAAUGUCGCUACGCUAUUUUCGAUUUCGAUUUUUUUACUGAAGAGAAUGUCCCUAAAAGCAAGAUCUUUUUCAUAGCAUGGUCUCCCGACACGUCGAAGGUGAGGAGUAAGAUGCUUUAUGCGAGCUCGAAGGAGAGCUUCAAGAGAGAGCUCGAUGGAAUUCAGGUGGAGUUGCAGGCGACCGAUCCAUCUGAGAUGGAUCUCGAAGUCAUCAAAGGGCGAGCAAACUGACUCGAUUUUGCGGCGAAGACAUCUUUGUUGUGGUCAGUCUUCUUCAUCAAUGAAAUGUUUAAUAUAAUGGUAUUAUGGCUUGUUACAGAUAGCUCGAGCUAUUACCAUAUUUUCUCCUCAGAACUCAUUAGUUUCAGCAUGAUGAUUUGUUAUUUGACUUAAUAUGCGAUAUUUACUACUUAUACUGUUGUGGGAACAAUGUAUUUGUAUGCAAACUUUGAUGAGUAUCCGCUAGGUGAUAUUUAUGCCUAGUGCUUUCUUGUGAGAUGGUAUUUGGUGGAUUUUGUU